AUGCGGGAAAUUGUACAUUUGCAAUUAGGACAAGCAGGAAAUUCAAUAGGUUGCAAAUUUUGGGAGGUUAUAUCCGACGAGCAUGGCAUUGAUCCUACAGGCCGUUUCCACGGCGAUUCGGAACUUCAGCUGGAGAGGAUCAACGUUUACUUCAACGAGGCUAUGGGAGGAAGAUUCGUGCCCAGGGCCGUACUGGUAGACUUGGACCCGAGCUCUAUGAAUUCGGCCAGAUCCGGACCGUUUGGUCAGCUGUUCAAACCGGAUAACUACGUUUACAGUCAAGCGGGCGCUGGUAACAACUGGGCGAAGGGCAGGUAUACGGAAGGGGCUGAAAUAGCAGAUGCUGUACUGGACCUGACGCGCAGAGAGGCUGAGGGAUGCGACUGUCUGCAAGGUUUUCAGAUGAUCCAUGCCCUUGGAGGCGGUACUGGUGCUGGCUUGGGUAGUUUGCUGAUAGAUAAAAUGAGAGAAGAGUAUCCAGACAGAAUUUUGUGUACCUAUUCCGUGUUCCCCAGUCCACGUACCUCAGACACAGUAGUAGAACCGUACAACUGCGUGAUGACACUAAGUCAUCUGGUAGAAAACACCGACGAAACGUACUUAAUAGACAACGAAGCGUUACACGAUAUAUGCUACAGGACCCUCAAGCUAGCUGCCCCAUCCUUGGGAGACUUGAACCACUUGGUCUGCGCCACCCUGUCGGGUAUAACCACCUGUAUCAGGUUUCCAGGUCAGCUCAACGCGGAUUUGAGGAAAAUUAUGGUCAAUAUGGUGCCGUUUCCGAGGUUGCACUUCUUCAUACCCGGGUUUGCCCCUCUGUACUCAAGAGGAAACGCUCCCUACAGGGCUCUAUCGGUGCCUGAACUGGUUUGCCAGCUCUUCGACAACAAGAACUUAAUGUGUGCCUGCGAUAUCAGACGAGGGAGGUAUUUGACGGUUGCCUCGAUCUUCAGAGGGAGAAUGUCGACCAAGGAGGUGGACGAGCAGAUGUUCAACAUCCAAGAUAAGAACAGCAGCUAUUUUGUGGAGUGGAUCCCGAAUAAUUUGAAGACUGCCAUUUGCGAUAUUCCACCGAGGGGGUUGAAGAUGUCGGCUACCUUUAUUGGAAACUCGACUGCAAUUCAAGAGCUCUUCCGAAGAGUGGGAGAACAGUUCAGUGUGAUGUACAGGAAGAAGGCUUUCCUCCAUUGGUAUACCGGGGAAGGAAUGGAAGAGAUGGAAUUCUCGGAUGCGCUAGGCAAUCUGAACGACCUCAUUUCGGAAUAUCAGCAGUAUCAAGAAGCUCAAGUCGACGUCGGUGAUGAUAUCGUCGUUGAAGACGAGGAAGAUAUGUAACUGCGCCUAACAAAUAUGAUGAUUUUGUCUGAAGACUUCAGAAAAUGAAAUACACUGAAUAAUUAUCAGAAAGUUAACAAAAAUUUAUUUUUUAUUCUAACCAUACAAUCAUUUCCUUAAGUAACACUCAACAUAUAAUUGUCUAGUAUCCACACAUUCCCCAUCAAUAGAGAAAAUGGAAUGAAAGGAUGUCGAUGUUGGAUUGAUAGAUAUUUCUCGAAUUAAAGUAAAAAAGCAGCACAAAGUUUCUGUUGCUUUGGGAAUUCACGCCACUGCACACCUGAGAAGUCUCGAGAAUUUUUACCUAACUAUUAUUUACUGGUAAAUAAAUGAAAAAACUGAGAACCCUAAGAUUAAAUGAAAGUAUUCCAGAUACAACUUAAUCCAUUGUCAU